AUGUCAUCUGCAAAGCAUUCAUUCAGAGUUCAGAACAAUAUCACCUACAAGCAAUUGCCUAUCGACUCGGUCCGCGUCGGGCCCCCAAGACUGAACGCGUAUAAGAGACUCCUUGGUAGAUUUUACGAGCCUUUGUUUCUUUUGCGUGUACUAGGACAGACCCGUGGGCAGCACACAGUCGGCUCAUCGGAUCCUAGUCUGGAGCAAGAAACACGGCGAAGAAGGUUCCUACGUAACCUCGCCUUUGUUUGCGACUUUACCAAAGGAGGAAUUUCUUGCACUGCCAUUGGACUUGAAGACAGCGAAACAUGUUAUAGAUUCUGGAUUUCAUCCAACGCAUCUGUCGACAAAAUCGUCGAAUUCGCGAAGAAUGCUCUCAGCCGCCUGAAGCGAUUCACAACAAUUACGGGAGACAUUGAUGGAGGUCAAUACAAGGCAGAAUUUACCGGUUUCUGCCUUGAUUUCGCGAUCAGCCGAGUAAAGAAAGAGCGUCAGUGUUUGUUUCAAGCGAUCAAUCAGUGUUAUCGCAAACCAGGAUCUGUGAGAACGGAACAGGAUCAGAUGAUAAAAGACUGGCUUGAGCCUAUCCUCGAACAGAAUGAUUGUCUAGCACUUUGCCAUUAUGCAUAUGUUCACAGAAAGUCUGCAAUCAGGAUAAUUGGACCCAAAGCUCAAGAUGAAGAAAAGCUAAUGGGCCUUCAAGACCGACGGUCGCCUUUUGCGUUAGUCAUCCAUUAUAUAGGGCGACUGGCAGAUCACAUCCGGGCACCAUCGCAGCUGGUUGAGGAUACCUACCAUUUGUCUCAGAUCCUUGACUCGUAUCAGGUGGUGGCUAUUGCUUGUGUGCCUUCAGUGCCUCGGCCAGAGCCCGAUAAUUUAACCACGGUCGAUGGUAUCCUCAACAGAAUGUUGAAGAAGGAUGACCCGGAAAGGCUUCAGAUAAAGAAUUCUUUGCUUUCCAUGAAUUCUCGAUCUCAAUGUCGUACCUUUGAGGGUUUCAUGAAACAAUAUGAAAAGUGCACGCCGCAGGUGCAUGCAGAAGUGCAGGCUCUGGACCAUUUCUUCAGGUUGAAUCUGUCUUUCGUGGGGAAUGACCGUUACAUUGCUUGUAGCAAACCGGCCUGUCUGUGUUGUGGACUAUACUUUAAGCACCAUCCGGCGCGAAUGGUCUCCCCUGAUUGUCACCGCAAAGUCUGGGUUAAUUGGAGCCCGCAAUUAGUCAAAAAUCCCGUGAAGGGGGAUCCAGAAUACGAUUUGCAGGUGAAGGUCCUCAAUGAGAUGACAAGUGAGAUUCGCCGGGAUGUUAUUGCUGAUAUUCUUGGUCACUCAUCAUCAAGUCCCUGGCAUCCUGAUUCCCAGACAGCAAUUUCAGAUGACCGGUGGUCUCGCGUGGAUUUGGAGGAGCUUCGAGGACAUACAUUCCGAUAUUCGAUUGCUGACGGCAGCUUGGACACGGAGGCAACUGAACGUAGCACAGCGAAGGUCUGGAGGACAAAGGAGCUCAAGACAUACGUGUCGGAUGAAGACUAUGACGCAGACUGUGGCGGGGUAUCUCUCAAGAUAUAAGGUGGCAAUGGAUUUUGG